AUGGAGCAAGCACCCAGCGCAGCGAGCCCUCCGCCUAAACCGGCCCAUCACGAGCCCAUCAGUUUCGGUAUCGACCAGAUUCUGGGAGCCGGUACGGAGCCAGAGAAUGGACGGACCGCCGGCAGCCAGAGUAGUUCGGAUUUAAUGAACGGGGAUGGGUACUACAGCUUGGGGAGCCCGACCGGAGCCGGUGCACCCUCCUACGCCGCGCUCUCCAUCUCCCUCUCCGGGAUGGUGCCCUCGGCGGAGGCGUCAAGUUCGUACGGAGAUAGCAGAAGUCUGGGCAGCCGAGGGGUGAUACGGGUCCCGGCACACAGACCCGUGACGGCCCCGGGGCCCCCAGCCCCCGUCCAGGGCUCCGUCCCCGGCUUUGGAGGACUGUGUUUCCCGUGGAUAGGGAACAGGUUCGCGAAGGACAGAAUAUCAGCAGCCCUCGUUCCGUUCGCAGUCACCCGGCGGAUAGGACACCCGUACCAGAACCGAACGCCCCCCAAGAGGAAAAAGCCCCGCACGUCCUUCUCCCGGGUGCAGAUAUGUGAACUGGAGAAGCGCUUCCACCGGCAGAAAUACCUGGCCAGUGCCGAGCGGGCGGCGCUGGCCAAGAGUCUGAAGAUGACGGACGCACAAGUUAAAACCUGGUUCCAGAACCGCAGGACCAAAUGGAGAAGACAGACGGCGGAGGAGAGGGAGGCGGAGCGCCAGCAAGCCAAUCGCCUCAUUCUCCAGCUGCAGCACUCCGCCCUCCAGAAGUCUCUGAGCGAAUCAGCGGCCUCCGAUCCACUGUGCGCUCAUAACUCCUCCCUCUACGCCCUGCAGAACCUCCAGCCGUGGGCCGAAGACAGGGAAUAA